AGGCGAUCCGUGCUAGCCACCGCGAGGCCGCCGAGAUGCUGCGCCGCCGGGAUGGCGAGCUCGCUGACACGAAGGCGCAGCUGCAGGCCUUGGCUUCCGAGCUGGAGGCAGAGAACUCACAGCACCAGCAGACGCGGGCGGAGCUCGAGGCCCAGCAGCGUUCGCACGCGGCCCGGGAGGCGAAUCUUCUGGCCGACCUGGCGCAGGCCACCGUGGCAGCAGAGAACGCCGCGGAGGAAGAAAAGCAGCUGCAGGCCCAGCUGGAGCGAGCGCGCGCCGACGUCGAGGCGCAGCGCGCCGAGAGGGCGUCAGUAUCGGCAGCUGCGCAGGCGCGUGAGAGCGAGAUGGAGGAGAAGCUUGCAAGCGCCGCCCAGCGCGAGCAAGGGCUUCGAGCCGAGCUGGAGGCUGCCAGGGCGGAGAUUGCAGAGGUCGAGCUGAGGUUGCAGAAGCGGGAAAGACGGAAGUGCUGCUUCGGCUUCCGGAGGACGCGGCCUUUUUGGAACACGAGGAGGGGGUCGAGGAGGCCGACAAGGCCGAGAAGGAGGAGAAUGGCAACAUUGGGGGCACAAGCAGUCAUCGCGAGACCGUAGACGGUAGUUCGAGCAAUCGUUCCACCUCCUCUUAGACAGCGGUUCCAAAAUGCGAGGUCGAUCGGUCAAUCGAUGAAUUAUGAUGAUGGUACUGAUGAUGAUGAUGGUCAGGAUUAUGCGGUAAUGUCAAGGAAGAGGAUGACGAUCCACGGAUGUAGCGGGGUUUCCAGUUGCGCUGUCGCGCGGAUCCGCC